UUCUUCUCCAUUUUUCUCAAACGGUUAUUUCAUUUAUUACAUUUCAAAUGCAACAAUUUUUUUAACUUCUCCCACUCUCUCCACGAUUUCCUACAUUUUCGCCAUUAAUACUCUGUUUAUUAGCUAUCACUUUUCUUCAUCAGUAACUCCAUGGUUGCUACACGCCGCACCUCUGAUCUUCAACCUAAACCGAAAAUCAAAACCAGAGAUAUGAAGAUGAAGACAGUAGCGAAGAAAACUCCAAAAUCGGCUAAAGGUAAAUCAACUGGAGAAGCUUCAGUUCGCCGUUCUCCUAUUUCUUUGAAUAAGAGACAUGCAGAGCACUUAUCCGGUUUAUCAAAGAAGCAAAAAGGAGUUUGCAUCAAUGAACCUAAGGAAUCUGCUCCUAAGCUUUGGCAGUUCAAACUAAACCCAGCAGCUCGUUUUCAUUCUAAGAUCGAUACAUGUUUGUCGUACGAUGUGAUUACUGAAAUUAAGUCUACUCUCAGUCCUGGUGAAUUGGAACUCUUCAAGAAGUCUUGCUUAGGAUAUAUUAUAGACAUUCCUAAGAUUAAACUGCAGAACCAAAUUGUUCACUGUCUUUUAAUGAGGGAGGUCGAGCAGUUGAACAAAUCUGAGAUGUGGUUUCAUGUAGGUGGUCAUAGGCUGAAGUUUGGCAUCGAGGAGUUCGCGUUGGUGUCUGGUUUAAAUUGCCAAGGAACUAGUAAUAAGUACAGUUAUCCAAAAGUUUUAAACGGCCUUUACGAUAAGUAUUUCAGCGGGUGUCAAUCGGUUUCGAAGCAAACACUCAGGGAUAUGUUUUUGUCUAGACGUUGGGAGUCGGAGGAGGAUGGUUUUAAGCUUGCAUUUAUGCAUUUGUUGCAAAAUUUUUUGCUGGCUUCACCAAAUACUACUCGUAUUUCUUUGAAGGAUUUUGACGUAGUUGAUUCUGACGACAUCAAUGACUAUCCGUGGGGUAUUGACGUCUUCAAGUAUACUUUUGAUUGUUUUACAACAAAGUCCGUUCUUAGUCCGGGCAGUUUCAAGCAAGAUAUAAAUAGGUACGACUAUCGCCUGCAAGGUUUUCCCUAUGUACUCCAAUGUUGGUUUUACGAGUGCUGCUCAAAAGCGAAAAAUACCUUUGCUCAGUUGGUGAAUGAAACUGCUAUUCCCCGUAUUUUACGUUGGCAAGCUUUCAUUGUUGCAAAAUACUAUGCAGUUGACAGAGAGUUAUUUGCUGAAGUGUCAUCUGAUGAGGUAAGUUUCCGGUCUAUUGUUCCAACACCGGCUGAAAGGAACGCGCUUAAUUUAGGUGACUUUUUCAGAAAAAAUAAAGGUAAAGGUAAGGCUGGAUUGGAUGUUAGUGAAGAAGUUGGAAAUCAGGAUGGCUAUUUUCCGGCAAUUGAUUUAUCGAAAGAAUCUGAAGAAACAUCAAACACUUUGAACUUAAGUGUUAUGGAAGAGAAGUUAGAAUUUCUUAUGGCUGGUCAGAAGACAAUGCAGGCUGAUAUUUUGGAAUUUAAGCAUCUGUUCACUUCGAAAUUUUCCGAAGUCUUGAAGGUUGUGAAUUCGUUGAAUUCAAAUAUUAAGCGUACAGGUGACUCAAAAAAGGUUCAUUCACAGUUAGGUGCCUCAUCUUCGCCUAUUGGCAAUAAAAAUGAUGACGAUAAGUCGUACUCUGGUGGAAAACCUGCUGAACAUGAACAUCAUGUUGAUUCAGAAUAUACUGCUUCUGCUGAAUUAGAACCAGUUUUAAAGGUUAGACGAUCACAAAAAGCAGCAUCUAGCGCGCACACAGCAAGUGUUGUGAAGGAAGAAAAUGUUGAUCUUCCUGCUGAGGAGAGUUCAAAGAAGGGUAGUUUUAAUGGUAGUUUUAUGGGAUCCGGAAUAGGAGUUGAAGAUUCUGUUGAUUGUCAAAAGGUAACUCCUGAUAAAGAUAUUGCGGAUAAGUCUGCUUCGAAGCACGAAAGUGAUGAGGGUGGGUCUUCUGAUGAAGAACAAGGUGAUGAAAAACUGGAAGAUAUGGAUAAAGAAAUGGAAGAUGUGGUUGGGGAGAAAAUGAAUGUUAUGGAAUCUGAACAUGUUCAUAAUUUGGUUGAGGAGAAAAUUGAUGUUAUUGAAUCUGGCUUUGAUAAGGAACUUCCAAAAGUUAGUAAUAUGGAAGCUGCCGGUUGCUCCAAGGAUAUGGGAAUUAGUGGUGGAAAUUUUGCUGUCCCGUCGGUUGUUGAGGUUCCGCGCCAACCUCAGUUUUCGCCAGUAUCUCCUACGUUUGAUUUAUCAGAAGAGUGCAUUGAAGAGGCUAUGCAAAAUGCAAUGGAAACCAUUGCUAAAAUGAAAUCUCAGAAGGAUGAUUAUGUUCAAGCAAACUUUGGUAUUGAAUCUGAUCUUGUCACUCCAGUUCCUUCUAAGAGGAUUGGAAAACCUAGUUUUUUACUCAAGUCCCCUUUUUUGAAUGAUUUUGGAUCUUCUUCAGGCUUAAUUGUGCCGAAGCAAAGUAUUGGCAGUGUUUGUUUAUGUCCAUUUGAUGAAAAAAGCAUAUGUUUUAGCGAUGUCAAAAAACAAGAGCAAGUUCGGCUAUGGCUUGAUGAAGGACGCAUGAAGCCUUUGAAGAAGAAAAUAUAUGAUGUGAAGAAUGACAUCUUGCGUCCUCGCCUUCAUUUUGGCGUAGUUGAUAUUGAAUCCAAAACAUGGUUUUAUAACCUGUUUCAUUCUGGAUAUCCUAUUUCCUGUUCUCAUGUUGAUGUUCUGUUUUACUAUCUGAGAAAGAAGAUCAAAACUGAAAAUAUUAGAUGUGCGACAACUGAUAACUUUUUCGACCGACGUAUGCAAGCCAUCUAUGAUUUGUACUCAAAAAAGGGUGAUACUACAUUUGUAUCCGAAAAAAAUACUGUGUCUCUUUACAUGAAAGGUGGUUUCAUGCGUUGCAACACGAAGUGGUCAGAUGUCGAUGAUGUUCUUAUCCCUAUCAAUUGUAAGAAAGACUGGCAUUGGAUAUUAGCCCGUCUGAAUUUCAAGGAUCGCUGCAUCUACGUUUAUAACUCAUUGAGGUCAGCCCGACAGGACAAAUCAGCGAAUGAAUAUGUUAAAUGUUACAGUGAGCUGGUUCCAAUUUUGUUAGAAGAAAUCAAGUUUUUUGAUUCCCGACCUGACAUUGAUACUACUACCGGUCCUUAUGAGGGAAAGAGGUUGUCAGACCCAUUCAGGAUUGAGAAUGUUGAAAACUUACCUGUUCAAACCGAUAUUGAUUGUGGAGUUCACAUGUUUUGCGCUGCUGAGUUUUUUGUUAAGGGUAAGGUCAUGGGUCCUGAUUUUGAUAUCAAACAACAUCGUGCUCGCUACGCUUCCGCAUUGUAUCUAUACUCGACUUGGAAGGCAGAUUCUGUAGUUGAAAGUGAUGAUGAAGCUCCUCCAAGACUCAGGAGGGUUGGUGGUUAGACACCAUGUGUUUUUUGUUCUUGUCUAUAUUUUUUUGGUUCCUUUUAAGAAAUAGGUCUUAAUAUUGUUUCUAUUAUCGUGCUUCGGAUGUUGUUAUUUUAAGUUUGUUUCAUUUGUGUGUUUUUGUGUUGCAUUGUAAACAGAUUUGAUGUUUUUAAUUUUAGUUGGGUACUGUUUGUUUCA